UCAGAGAACGUUCUCUGAGCUGUUUUCAUAGCUGCUGCAUUUGUUUUGUCCAAUUCGAUUAUUGCAAUUAAGAACUACAAAAAUUAUGGAGUUUCCACCGUGUCCAGCAUCUUUAAAACAAAUCCAGCAUUUCCUGAAGAUCGCGCAAGAGCAUGAUUCACGUGAUAUUGUUGUGGCAUAUUGGGCGCGGCUCUACGCUCUACAAAUUGGAUUAAAAAUAUCAAAGCAGCAACCAGAUGAGACCAAAUUACUAUUGGCAAUAAUGGAUUGGUUGGAAAAUACGAAGAAGCAGCAAACGGAAAAUGAAGCAAUUACUAACGAGGUAGCGGCACAGGCACAUUUAGAAAAUUAUGCUUUAAAACUAUUCCUUUAUGCUGACAAACAAGACCGUGACUCAAAUUUCGGCAAAAAUGUGGUAAAAGCAUUCUACUCCAGUGGUGUCAUCUACGAUGUACUCCAAACAUUUGGUGAACUCUCCGAAGAAUCUAUACACAAUCGGAAAUAUGCCAAAUGGAAGGCAGCGUACAUACACAAUUGCCUCAGAAAUGGCGAGACGCCCAUACCCGGACCAAUGCCAGAUGGUGAUGAUGAGUUCGCAGCAGAAAGUGGAGCCAUAAGUGGAACUGGUGAAGGUAGUGGUUCAGCUGAUGGUGAAGGUGAUCCUGAAAUCACUGCUGUACCACAAGAUCCACCAGCAGAGGAAGAAGUUGGUCCAGCCCCGAUACCAGAUCCUUCACCACCGCAAAGCCCUCCACCUACCGUUGAUGAGGUGCUGAAUAAUCCAAACAAGUUACCAAGUCCACCAGUCGAUGAAGAGAAACCUGGUGGUUUCGAGCCUUAUGUACCGCAAGCGCAACCAAAUCGAAUAUACAUACCACCAACACCCGUUGCCGAUUUGCAAUUAACACCAGAACAAAUAAUGAAAGCGCAAAAAUACACGAAAUAUGCUGGCACUGCUCUCAAUUUUGAUGAUGUAAAAACAGCUAUUGAUAAUUUGCAAAAAGCUUUAAAACUUUUAACAACGGGUGAAGAUAGUUAAAUUAUUGCAAACAAGGUAUUACUGCUUUACAAUUAACAUAUGUAUGUAGUUGCGCUGUGCUUAUAUGUCAUAUAGCUAACGAAAUUCACUAAAUUUGUUUAUAUAAUAACCGCUGUAGUAAGUACUAAAAACCAAUUAUUGUAUGGAAUAAGUUAUAUUAAAAUAAAAUUAAAGGCUUUUAAAGCUCACUUUUUACUCAAAAAAUGGAUGUAAGCAAAACGAAGUUAAAUAAACUAUUGAAUGCAUUUCUGCUACAUAGA